GAGAAGAAGAAGAAGAAGAAGAAUAGGUGAACGACCAGGGGUGCUUUUAUAACGGCCCAUCGGGUGAGGGGCAUCAAGGGUGUCGAGGCAAUUCUUGUGCUUCGGUUUAAUUCCACAACGAGAAGUCUGCAAAACCAGAGAGAGAGAGAGGUUGAAAGAUGGGUAUAGAGAUUGGAGGGCAAAUAGAGAAGGUGAAUGGUAAAGAACUGUGCUAUAAUGAGUUCGCUGAAAGAUAUUUAGCAAAGAACCAACCAGUAGUGCUGACGGGUCUCAUGGACGAUUGGAGAGCUUGCAGAGAUUGGAAAACUGAUAAUGGGUACCCUAAUCUUCAAUUCUUCUCUACUCAUUUUGGCAAAUCCAAAGUUCAGGUUGCGGAUUGUGGGACUAGAGAAUUUACGGAUCAGAAGAGAGUAGAAAUGACAGUUUCAGAGUUUAUCGAACAUUGGGUUGAGGGUAGUAGCAACUCCCUGCUAUAUUUGAAGGACUGGCAUUUUGUAAAGGAAUACCCAGAAUAUGUAGCAUACAGAACCCCACUACUUUUCUGUGAUGAUUGGCUCAAUCUGUACCUUGACCAUUAUCGUAUGCAUAAGGAUCCUGACACUAAUCAAGAGAAUGAUGACAUAACUUGCUCUGACUAUCGUUUUGUUUAUAUGGGAGCAAAAGGAUCAUGGACUCCUCUUCAUGCAGAUGUUUUCAGGUCAUACAGUUGGUCAGCAAAUGUUUGUGGGAAGAAGAAAUGGCUUUUUCUGUCUCCUUCCCAAUGUCACCUUGUAUUUGAUAGGAACUUGAAGAGCACAGUUUAUAACAUCUUUGACGAUGUUAGUGAAACGAAAUUUCCAGAUUUUAAGAAGGCUGUCUGGUUGGAAUGCAUUCAGGACAAAAAUGAAAUUAUCUUUGUGCCUAGUGGAUGGUAUCACCAAGUUCACAAUCUGGAAGAUACAAUAUCAAUAAACCACAACUGGUUUAAUGCACACAACCUUUCUUGGGUGUGGGACUUGCUUUGGAGAGACUACACGGAGGCAAAGGAGUACAUUGAAGACAUUAGGGACAUCUGUGAUGAUUUUGAAGGUGUCUGUCAGCGCAAUCUUGCAGCUAACACAGGCAUGAACUUUGUUGAUUUUUUAAUCUUCCUAGCACGUUUCUUCUUGGCUAACAUGGUCCAACUCUACUGCCAACCCAGAGACAAUGAAAUUUCACUCAGCGGUUGCUCCAAAGUGACUCGGCAUUUAAUCUUUAAUUUUGCAUCUAUACAGAAAAUAGCACUGAAAAUGAAAUCCAAUGAAGGUGUUAUUGGAAAUCAUGGCUUUUUCUUGGAUUUGAAGGACACCUUAGAAGGUGAUCUCGAGUUUUUUAAACUGUGCAAUGAUGUGGGCAGAAUCUAUGGGAUGAUAAAUGAGCAACAGAAUUGGAAUAGAGAUCCAAAGAAAGCUUUUGUAGUUGAUAUUUUGGAGUAUAGUUCAUCCAUCUGCAAUCUUGAAGAUUUUGUUAAAUUCAUAGACAAUGCUGUUGCAAAACUUGGUAACGUUUGGUUUGAGGAGAAGAAGUUGCUGUCUGCAUAAUACAUUGGAAAGUUAUUCUGCUGAGAUGAGGGUUAGCAUUGGGUCAGAGAGUUUUGUCCUUUGGGAGAAGAUAGUGUCAUAGAUCAGAACUCAGAAGGAAGUGGCAAUUAUUCAAGAUGUGAAGUUGAGAAUCUUCAGAUAAGCCGGUUUAGUGUUUUGCAUUGUUCUGUAGAUUGAGAUUUUACUAAAUGGAUAUUUUUUUUCUCA